AGUAACCGUCUAUACCCCUUCGCUACCAAAAAUGGCACCUCUCGACUUCUCAGUGCAAAUCAACGGCCCAGAGCUCGUUGGGCCCCACACAUCAACGCCUCGAGAAUUCAAGUAUCUAUCCAAUAUAGAUGAUCAAAUGGGCCUGAGAAACCACAUACCCUUCAUCCAUUUCUACCCUACCAAUGCCACUGGGACCGAUCCAGUCCCGAUCAUACGACGAGCAUUGUCGAUGGCCCUCAUUCCCUACUACCCGAUCGCAGGUCGUCUCAGGAAUGCCGAGAAUGGCAAGCUCGUCGUUGAUUGCUGUGAAGAAGGUGUGAUCUUCCGCCAGGCCAAUGCCAAUGUUACACUCGCUCAGUUGCACGAGAUCGAUGGUGGAUUGAAGCCACCGUUCCCUCAGUGGGACCACUUUCUUGUUGAUGAUAUUUGGGGCAGCUUCUCCAUCGUCGAUUCUCCAUUGCUUCAUAUGCAGGUCACCCGGCUUGCUUGUGGGGGGUUCGUACUCGCGUAUACAUUCAACCACUGUGUAUGCGAUGCGUAUGGCGCCCUCCAGUUCGUAACGGCCGUAUCGGAAUUCGCCCGAAACCCUAACCGACACGCCUCCUCUUUCCUCCCCUCCUGGGGCCGCGAAAUCCUCGCCCCACGCUCCCCGCCCCGCGUCUCGUACCGGCACCCGGAAUACGACACUGAUACAACGUCCGAAACGCCCGCCACCGGCGCAGAUUUCAAGCGCCUCGCGCAGAUCUCCACCUUCUUCUCCAACGCCGACAUCUCAGCCCUCAAGCGCCAGAUCAACGACCGUCGAUGCCCCACCUUCGACGCCGUAGCCGCCUGCCUCUGGCGGGCCCGGACCCGAGCCCUCGCUCUGAAAACCAUUACGAAACUCCUCUUCCCGAUCGACACGCGCUUCCGCUACCAUCCCUCGCUGCCGGAUGGAUACUACGGGACUGCGGUGGUCUUUCCCUGCGCCGUAACGACGCCGGAAGCGCUUUGUAACGGCCCGAUACGUUAUGCUGCGGGGCUGAUAUCGGGCGUGAAGAAAUCGGUUGUUGGAGACGAGUAUCGGAAAUCGGUUUUGGAUUUCAUUGACGUGAAUGGGCGGAGGGGGUUCUGUUCGGAGGGCGCGUUCGUUGUGUCGGACAUGAGCCGGUUGCGAUUUGCUGACGUGGACUUGGGGUGGGGCCCAGGGGUUUAUGGUGGGCCAGGGAGGGCUGGGACUGGGAUGGUGCCUGGUAUGGUGACAUCUGUCAUCGGACAUAAGGAUGAAAGAGGGGUUGAAGGGGUUUUGGCUUUGGUAUCUUUGCCGCAAGGAACGGUGGAGAUGUUUGAAAGGGUGAUAAGGGAACAGAUACGGAGGGUGGAGGAGAUUGACGAUACUGCCCCUGUAAUGGUGCCGUCUGCUCUUUAGCGUGGAGCAGCAUUUCUGAGGGUAUGUUGGUAAAGUGGGUUUUUGCCUUUAUGAUGUUUUUAUCUGAAAAGUUGGAAUAAUGUGCACAUGUAAAAGAUACCGUUUUAAUAUUACCAGUCAAGUUAACUUUGUAAUGCCACGUGUACUAAUCAUUAGUGCCUGCGUAUCAAGCAUCAGACCCUGCCAGAGUAUCAAAUAACUCCCAGUGAAAAAUUUUGACAGUCA